GUGUUACAUAAGUACAUAGACGGCCAAAGUACAGAACGACAACAGCUGCGUUGCUCUCAUUUGAGCUCUUUAUUCAGAGGGUCCUGUACAAAAGAUGUCCAACUUUGUUGUUGAUCUUGCUGGGGAAAAGAGGAUCACAGAAGAAGCAAAAAAAGCUGCAUCUGAGAUAGUGCAGGAUGCGAUUGAUAAACAGUGUUAUGGCUUUCCAGUCAGCUUCUACUACACUUGUUCAGAGCCAAUCGACUCCUACACUUUCUGCUGCAUUCCCACCAAGGAGUUUCUGCAGGAACUUCUAGCAAAGCUAAAUGAAGUAAGUUUCAAGGAGGACACAGACCCUGAAGAGAAUGAAACCUACGCAUAUGUCAAACCAAGUGAUGAUAUAGUUUAUUUGUGUGAGCAGUUCUGGAGUGCACCCAACACACUGUGUGAAGACUCAAAGCCUGGAACAUUAAUCCAUGAGGUUUCUCAUCUGCUGGGCACUACUGAUGUCUCCUAUGAGCACCUGACUGUAGAGAUAUAUGAGGACUAUGGGACACUACUUGGCAAGUCACAGUGUGUAAAAGAUAUCAAUGGAAAAGAUUAUCAUAGGGAAGAAGUGUUCCAGGUGAAUGCCAACUGCCUAGAGCAUGAGUUUGAGACCAUCAUCAAUCAUGAGCAAGUGUACUCUAAUGGAAGAUACCAGUGCUGUGGAGAAACUAAGAAAAACUCAGUCUGUAAACAUCGCUCAACAGGCCAUUACUAUCUACAUAAAAGAUUUGGCGGGCAAAGAGCUGAGAUGGAGCGUAAGCUGGCCACGUUCUGGGAAGAGAGAAAUGCUCAUGCAACCACUGAGGGAAAGAGGAUGAGAUAUGUGAAGAGGAAGAACAAAGCCUGUGAUGUGAUUCCUGUUUCUGGGCCCUGAAAGCUUCCAGAGAACAAUCGUGAUGCUACAUAUUAAAAGAUGCAUUUGAUGUUAGCCUGAUCUCACAUAGUGGAGUAUCAAUAAGCCAUAUAAUCAUGAUAUACUAACAUACUGUUUUGCCUGAUACAAGUUUAUGGAAAACAGCCAAAUGCUGAUAAUGUACCAUAUAACCAUUUUACAUGAUAUCAUCUUAAGUGAUUGAUUUCAAACAGGAUAUUAUGUAAAAAAAUUUGAGAAAUGUUGCUUAUUGCUGAGUUAGAUUACCUACCUAGUUAGCUGGCUAGUUAACAUUAACGUUCACAUGAAAGCUACUUGUCCCAGUGUUUGUUCUGUCAUGUUACCUUGCUUUAGAGAUCUGCUUAUUAAUGUCACUCUCUUGACAUAAAUCUAAUACAUAUUUAACACAUUUUUAACAGAUUUUAUAUGCUUUUAUGUAGCCAGAAUGAUACAAGAAAAUGACUAGUUCCUGAUCCUGCUACUUAGUAGAACAAUUAAAUGUGUUGCAGACCACUUUGUUUAUUUUUGAAAUGCUUUGUGUUACUUAACUAUAAGUUGCAUGAAAAUUUUGUUGCAUGUGACUCUCAACUGUAACUAGUUGUGUAAAACCUUGACCAUGUAAAGUCAGCCUUACAGCUAUGUUGCUUUAUGCUUGACUUUAUUUUGUGAAUAAAAAUUCUGGAA